UUGGCAGUAAUUUCUGUGUAAGUUGUGUGCUCUUCCGAUCAGCAAUUGCUGAAUCUAGAAUGUGUAGAUUAAUCUCAAACAGAUUAUCCUGUCGUUCCCACAUUGUGGCUUCAUGGAAUCGGACAAAGCUUACAGCACAGGAGACCAUUUUGCCCGUCAGGUGCUGCCAGACGUGCUGAAUCUUCCCAGUGAUUUCUGUUUUCGUUUUUGAAAGAAUUUGUCAAGAGGAAGUAGGGAGCCUUCACAGGGGUAUUGCCAACGGAGAAUCUUAAAAAUGAACGACGAAAAUAAUCAUUCUGAAAAGAAACAGGAUUACGCCAGAGAAAAUGCAGCAUUUGAACUAGAGGAAGAUGUAUCUUCCAAACCUCCAGAUGACCCAAAGCCUGAAACACAUGCAGGCAAGAGGAAUUCCAAAUUUCUGAGCAAAGUAUCUGAGUCUGCCUCAAGAGCAAAGUCAGUCUACAAAGCCCACUUGACUGUAAUUAAGUACAUCAUCUUGGCCAUACUCCUUGCAGGCUUUCUAGCAUUCCUCAUCACUGCCUGCAUACUCAACUUUCAUCGAGCCAUCGCCCUCUUGGUCAUGACCUGUGUCGUUGCUUUCUUUGUGGUUUACGACCUCAUCAAGAGAUUUCUGGGAAAAAGAAUCGUCCAUUUCUUCUCACCUGUGAGUUCGCGGCUCAAGCAACGCUCCAGAUGGUUUAAAUGGAUAAUUAGCAUGUUGGCUUUGGUGGGUUUGAUCACCUGGUUGGCCGUUGACACUGCGAAGAGGCCCGAGCAGUUAAUCUCCUUCGGAGGGUUGUGCAUGCUCGUCAUCAUACUCUUCAUCUUCUCCAGAAAACAUCAGGCGGUAUCUUGUCGAACUCUGUUUGUGGGACUAGGCCUGCAAUUCAUUCUGGGAAUCUUGAUCAUCAGAACGGAACCCGGCUUUCAGGCUUUCAAAUGGCUGGGGGAGCAAGUCCAGAUCUUUUUGAACUACACAAAAGCCGGGUCCAGCUUUCUGUUUGGAGAUGAUCUCAUCAAUGGUCUUUUUGCAUUUCAGGCCCUACCUAUUGUGGUCUUCUUCAGCUGCGUGAUGUCCAUUCUCUACUACCUGGGUGCAAUGCAGUGGCUGAUUAUAAAGAUUGCGUGGUUGAUGCAGGUUACCAUGGGAACAUCAGCUACAGAAACUCUGAGCGUCGCUGGCAAUAUCUUUGUGGGGCAGACAGAGUCGCCACUCCUCAUCCGGCCAUACUUGCCUGAAAUGACCAAGUCUGAGAUGCAUGCUGUAAUGACUGGAGGGUUCGCCACAAUUGCUGGCAGUGUCCUUGGGGCCUACAUCUCCUUUGGGAUUAGUGCCUCCAGUCUGAUUGCAGCGUCAGUGAUGGCAGCCCCUUGUGCACUGGCUCUGUCAAAGCUCAGCUACCCAGAACUCGAAGAAUCGAAGUUCAUGAGUCAAGAAGGAGUGAAGCUAGACUGUGGAGGAGAACAGAAUAUUCUAGAAGCUGCAAGUAAUGGUGCCUCAGCCUCCAUUGGUCUGGUUGCGAAUAUUGCGGUGAACCUCCUGGCAUUUCUGGCAAUUUUAGACUUUUUAAACGCGGCUCUGUCCUGGUUCGGAGGGAUGGUGGACUACCCAGAGCUCAGCUUCCAGGUUAUCUGUUCCUAUGUCUUCAUGCCCAUCGCCUUCAUGAUGGGAGUGGAUUGGAACGAUUCCUUCCUCGUUGCUGAACUGAUUGGGAUCAAGCUGUUCCUCAACGAGUUUGUGGCCUACCAGAAACUCUCUGUCUACCAGAACAACCGCUUGAAUGGCGUCGAAGAGUUCAUCAACGGCAAGAAGCAGUGGAUUUCUGUCAGAGCAGAGACGUUAUCUACAUACGCCCUUUGUGGAUUUGCAAACUUUUCAUCAAUUGGGAUAAUGUUGGGAGGACUCUCUUUCUGUGCAUUAGGAAUCCUGAUUGUGCCCAUGGAAUCCAUACACUGUGUGAGCUACCUCAACACCAGCACUUUCAAUGUCAGCAGUCAGAAUCUAUUAAACUGUUGCGGAGACCUCUCCAGCAGCGUGGUACCCAAUGUGAAUGGAACGAUUACAUUUACUGGAGAAUGGUCAAGUGUCAACCAGAGUCUAACAUUUUUACAUAACUGUUGUGGUUUGUAUAACAGCAGUGUCUGUACGGUGUGACUGAUACCUUUUCCCUUUGUUCACGAAGACAGCAAUCUGUAUGCUGAACAAACCUACGCUUAUCCAUGUAACAAAUCAUACUGUCCAGAAGUGUGGAAAUGAUGCCAAUUAAUUCUCCAAAGACGAAGGACUGGAGAUGUGAGGCCUGCCAUAUUUACAUAUAGGUUCAGCAGUGACCAUUCAUCCAGAACCGAUUGAUCGAUAUUCCCCUUUCCGUUGUGAUUUAAUAGCUCUGCAGGUUGCUGGUUUGUGAAGUAUGCCUCUGAUAUUGGGGCUGAGGGACGGAGGGAAGAUGGAGUGUGUGAGUCACACACACACACACAAACAUACACACGUAUACACACACUCACACAGACACACACAA